GUCGUCUUUCUGGUCUGUGCACUAUAUUUAUUGUGUUCAUUUGCAAUUGAUGAUUAAAUUAAUCCAUUAGAAAAGCUAGCUCACAGUUAGUUAUUUUGAACAAUUUAGUUUUGGAAAAUAAUCAAUUAAUUCAAUAACAUUUUGCCUGCAAAGCAGAAGAAAAAUAUCCAAACUGUUGAAUUUCCCGCAAUUAUAUCUGCAAACGACAUCGUCUUCGUCACAUAGUGCACGGAUUAACAACAUGCCAGUACACGAAUUUAAAGUGGAAAUGACCUGUUCAGGAUGUGCAAACAGUGUCGAACGGGUGUUAAACAAGCUGGGAGCGGAAAAAGUUGAGAAGAUCGCUAUCGAUCUUGAUUCGAAAACGGUGUUGGUGACAUCGAAUUUGACAGCCGAUGAGUUGCUGGAGACGAUUAAGAAGACUGGCAAAGCGACCCAAUACGUUGGGGUAAAGGAAUGAAAUGAACUUUUUUGUAAGUUUCGUAAAAUUGCCAAAUUGAAAAUGGAAGUUUAGAUGCGGAUAUACAACAAAGAAUUGAAUAGGAUUGUGCUAUGGAAUCGAGAGCAAGCUAAACUGUAAACGGCCAAUUACAUUUUGACCUUUUUAAAUCGUUUAAAACGAACAUUGAAAUUAAAUUUCAGGAAGUGUAGAUAAAUAUUUUUAAAUAUAAAAUUAAAAAUAUAAGAAGUAAUAUAUACACUCAAUAUAAAAUGAAAUCCAUUGUUAUGAAUUACGAAGAAUUUAAAAAUCUUGUCUUGUUGUCAAAGCUCGUGUUUAAUUAAUUACUAGCUAUACUAGAGUAAAUACACAAUUCUUAAAUAUAUUUACAGAAACAAAAACAAAAAAAUUAAAAAAAUAGCAAUUUACUGUCGUGUUGAAGACAAAGAAAUCACAAAAGUAUUGAACGAUAUUCGAACACUGAUAUUUACAAAUCCUACUUCCGUAAAAAGGUUUUAUUCAAUAUAAAUUGUAAAUUUUAAACAAAAUAAUGCAAUUAAAAAAAUGAAUCGAAUAUAUAUCUAA